AUGGGCGGGAUUGGUAAGACCACUCUUGCCCGACAUAUAUUUGAGCAUGCCCUUGUUAAGGAGUAUUUUCAUAUUCGUGUGUGGACUACGAUUUCUCAAACUUAUAAUGUUAGAGAAACACUUAGGCAAGUUCUUCACCAAGAAAGUGGAAAUUUGGGUAGUGAUCUGAGUGAGGAAGAUUUAGGAGAAAAAUUGUACAAGUAUUUAUGCGGUAGGAGGUAUAUUAUAAUACUGGAUGAUAUGUGGAGUAUAGAGGUGUGGGACAAGAUGAGGUUUUUCUUUCCCGAUUACAAUGAUGGGAGUCGAGUAAUCGUAACGACUAGGCUCUCAAACUUGGCUGCCGAGUUGACAAACUCUAACAGCAUUGGUAUGAGAUUUUUAGAUGAUGUUUGUAGCUGGAGUUUGUUCUCCAAAACUGUAUUUGGGGGUGAGGGUUUUCCUCUUCAACUCGAGGAAAUCGGAAAGAAAAUCGUGGGGAAGUGUAAGGGACUUCCUUUGUCGAUUGCUGUGAUUGGGGGUCUGUUGGCAAAGUCCGAACUUACAUUGGAGUAUUGGGAGCGCAUAGAGAAAAACUUAAGCUCAAUAGUGAAUUCGGAAAAUGAUGAAUAUUGCUUGAGAGUAUUGAAACUGAGCUAUGACCAUUUGCCUGCGUAUCUAAGGCCAUGUUUUUUGUAUAUGGGGAUGUAUGGGGAAGAUCAGAGAAUUGAAGUCUCAGAACUCAAGAGGCUAUGGGUUUCUGAAGGCUUUCUUAAACCAAUAAUCAAUAAAAGCUCGAAAACAAUUGCCAAGGAGUAUUUGAAGGAGCUAGUCGAUAGAAACCUCAUUCUAGUUCAUGAGUUAGGGAAACUUGGGAAUAUUAAGUACUGCAAAAUGCAUGAUUUAGUGAGAGAUCUAUCAUUUCAAGAAGCUGAAAAGCAGAGGUUUUAUUAUGUGUUAGGGCAAGAUUGUCCUCGAGGGAUAAAUAGCCAACGCCGCAUUGUUAUUCCCAGAAGCACUUCAGCCAUGGAAACUAUGUCGUCACGUGCUCGUUCUUUCAUAUGUCAUGCUGAUACGGUUCCAGAAUUGCUAGAUUUCAGAUUUUUGAGGACACUGAGUACAUAUAAUUCGGAAGGGUAUUUAGAUGAAAAUGUGUUUCAAAUGGUGAACUUGAGGUACCUUUCGGCUAGAUUUCGUGAGGGGUUCCAAAUCCCUUCUUCAAUUAGUCUGCUCUGGAAUCUACACAUACUAAUUGUUUCUUGUUGGAGUGAACAUACGACUGCACCAGUAGAAAUUUGGAAAAUGCAUCAGCUUAAGCAUGUCGAGUUUGGAUUUCCAGGAAUGUAUCUCCCAGAUCCUCGGAGCGGGGAUAGUGAUGUUAUGAUGGAGAAUCUAGAGACGCUCAAAGGAGUGAUUGAUUUCAACUUGAAUGAAGAAAUGGUUAAGAGAAUUCCCAAUAUCAAGAAACUGUAUAUAGAAUACCGGAGUAAAGUAAUGGAGAGAGUGAAGUGCCUCAGCUAUCUUCAAUGUCUGAGUAAGCUGGAAAGCUUGACGUGCAUUAUUGGACAUGGAAGUGAAGAGUAUCUGCAGAGUAUUAGCUUCCCGCACUCACUCAAGAAGCUGUUUCUUGUAUGCGGAAAGUUCCAUUUGGAGGAAAUUCUGGAAAAGAUAGGUUCAUUACCACUUCUUGAGAAGCUCGAAUUGAGAUAUGGGCAGUUUGCAAGACGCAGUUGGGAAAUAGUUGAAGGCCAAUUCCCCAUCCUCAAAUACUUGAGAUUGUACGACUGUAGGGAUAUGGAAUGUUGGACGUUAGAGGGCUCCUGCUUGCCACGCCUUGAGCAACUUCAUCUCUGGGACAUGGCGUCGUUGGAGGAGUUCCCUUCAGAAAUUGGAGAAAUACCAAACCUCAAAUCAAUUGAAUUGUUGAAGUGCAGUGAAUCAAUGGCUGUGUCUUUGAAAAAGAUAGUAGAGGAACAAGAGGAAUUACAAGGGGACACAUCCUUUCAUGUUAUAGUUAAUUGA